UACUCAUGCUGAUUGAACUGACUUGUUCUUUUAGAGUGGUUUGACUCACCAUUCAGAGUGCAAAUCCAUCUGUCCGGCUCACGGCACCAUGCUGUUAGAUUUUGUCGAAGUUUGAUCCAUGAACAAAAUAAAUGCAACCAGAAGUCAGGGGAGAGCCAUCUUUAUUCAGCAUGGGACGCAUCCGGGGAGUUAUAUUUGCCUUUCUCUGCCUGUCAGUAUUACUGAACUGCUACUAUCUGUACAACCACUGCCAAACAGAGGAGACGCCCAUCCUUCAACAAACAAGAACCCAUCAAGUCGUCAGUCGUCGAAAAUCCCCAUGCACUUGUCAGGGAAACAUAGUGUACAAUCUAAAAGAUCACCUUCCCAAGGGCCAGUUUGAUGAAAUAGUCAAACGAAGAGCUGCAGAAUACAGAAAGCAUCAAAUCAGGAUAAACUCCAGUUUGAACAGGCUAAUUUUGGCCCCAUCCAACACGCCUCUUCAAUAUCCCAUCCAGGGGUUCACCGUUGUCCCUCUCCAGACGACACUGAUACCAGGUUUAGCUCUGCAUGCGGAAAGCAGACAAAACUACAAGGUGAGCCUGAGUGUGUCCAGUGGGGUCCUGGCCAUUGAGGGACCUGUGGAGAGGGACAAAGAGGGGAGGAAAGAGAUCACCAUCCAGUCUGACAGUCUAUCAAAUCUCAAUGACCUUCUGGGACAAAUAGCAUACACCAGUACUGUGUACCGGAUGAAAACUGGAGACCUGGCUCUUUUCAGGUUUGAACACCACCAGGCUGUCUUUCCCAUCAUAAUUCAGCAGCCAUCUGUGCCUGUUUUAUAUGACAUAGGAGAUGAUAUCAACUCCCAGGUGACCAUAGCCACCAAGACAUUUCUGAGAUACCCUGAGCUGCAGAACCUAAUCAGCAGCAUAAGAAAAUACUACCAAGAAAUCAAAAUUAUAAUUGCUGAUGACAGCCUGGAGCCAGAGAAAGUGAAAGGCUCCAACAUUGAGCAGUACUUCAUGCCCCCAGCCCAGGGCUGGUUUGCUGGAAGGAACCUAGCUGUCUCCCAGGUCACCACCAAGUACUUCCUCUGGGUCGAUGACGACUUCCUGUUCACAGAUCAAACCAAGAUAGAGAGUCUGGUGGGGGUGAUGGAGGCCACACCAGAACUAGACGUGGUGGGAGGCUACGUGGAGAGCACCAGUUAUCCCUGCUUCUCCCUGGUGUACGAGGACGGAGACGUUGAGGAGGGGGGUUGUCUGAGCAGGCACAUUGGGGUGAAGCACCAGCCUGUCCCUGGGUUCCCCACCUGCUUCUUCACGAAUGGAGUAGUCAACUUUUUCCUGGGUCGCACGGACACUGUGCUCAGUGUGGGUUUUGACCCAUUGCUGAAGAGGGUGGCGCAUACAGAGUUCUUCAUGGAUGGCUUGGGCCGUUUGCUGGUUGCUAGCUGUAAUGAUGCCAGCAUCGGCCACCAACCCAGAAGGGACAAUGAAAAGUAUUCACAGUUUCGGCAGCAACUACAAAAGGACGAAGAAGAAAAACUAGCUCACCACUACUUCAAGAACAACCUGAAAUGUGUCAGUUAUUGAAAAAUAAAUCAGGUGAAACUGGCCAAUUUGCAUAGCCAGUGGGAAUUCCCUGCCACUCCUCAGGUAGUUGCAUGCUGGAGCCUUGAACCUAGACAGAGGUUUUCUUCGGUAGCCAAAAUGUCUGUGAAAAAAACAUUUACAGCAUUUUGCAGAUACUCACAGAAAGCGGUUCUGCACCAAUGCCCGACAGAGAAUGACAGUCUGAAUAAUAAUAAUAUGAAAACUGUAAUUACCUGUUCCAAAAAAAGCAAUAAAAAAGCAAGUUAUAAUGGUGUGAAAGACUUAAUGACGUGAAUAUGAAUCUGUAUAGUAAUGUAUUGUUAAAGUUUGUAUGGCUAAUUAACAUUGACGUUGCCGAAAGGAUGCUAAUAAUGACUAUGUUCACCACUGACUUGGUUGACAUUAAUGACUGAUCUGCAACAAAAAAUAUAUAAAACAUUGAUGUUGCAUUAAUACAUUUUUAUGUUAAUUAAUAUGCACACUUUCUUUAAAUUAAUGGAUAAAUAUGAAUUAUCAUCCACUUGUAGGGGAAACUGGGGUUGGUUGUCACACUAUAUGCUAGCUAAACAUUUAACUCAUUAAACUGGGGCUGGUUGUCAUUUAACUGGGGCUGGUUGUCACAAAAUUACGGGGGUUGCCCCAUAGUAUAUCAGGAAGCUUUGUAAAGUAUAGUCACAAUUUGCUUCAUUUUUGUUGGCAAAAAAAUUGUGAGGAUCUUUAAAGAAAGACCAAGAGAGGGGAGAUACCUGCUGAUGUGAUGCUGAAGGCCGUCAAACAGGUGAAGCUGCAGGGGAAAAGUACUGUGGGCGUUGAGUCCUUUUCUAACAGGUGACUCGAAGAAACAUGGCUAAAGUGCAUUUUGUGGAAGAAUUGGGCAAACAGAGUGCAUCCCUUAUGGAUAAUCUAAUUACCUAUGUCAAAACUGUGAUUCCUGCAAUUCUGACAAAAAUUAUACCAGAUUACUCAUUAUUCACAAACAAACUAUUCAAAAACAGACGUACACAUUCAAAUAAGUUACAAAAGUUUUAUAGUUCAUGUUUCAGAAAGUUUUCUUGACUGAUGGAUAAUG